GGUCCGCCCAAUAAGUUUUUAGAUACUUAAAGUUUAAAAUUAACCCCAAAACUACUAAGCUUAAAAAUUAAAUUAAUAGCAAUCUAUGGCUAACUUUAAAAAUCUUGUUUGUAAAGAAUGCUGCAUUGUUAUAGACCACGGUUCUCAUUUCUUAGAGUUGUCAGGUUCUAAAUUAGAAUUAGAAUCAAACGCUAAGACCUCACAGUAUUAUUUCACAAAUCUUCAAAAAUCAACAUGGACUUGUGUUGUUGAGGGUAUCGUCGAAUACUGUAGAAUUAUAUACGAUUUGUUUCCUCCAUCAUACAAAGUUGCUGUUCUAUGUUCUGAUGAAACUGUAACAAACAUUUCAACCUUUCAAGAUGACCACCAAAAUACCAAUCAGUUAUUAAAAGGUUUUGGGGAUUUGGGACCUCCAUUGCAAGAAUAUGAAGGUACCGUUUCUGUAUUUCCUGGUGUGGAACAAGGCGCAGAAGCACUCCUAUCUAAAACUAAAGACAAUGCAAAUACUAUAAAAAGGAUGAUUGUCGUUACUACAAUCCAUGAUGAAAGAGAUUCCAAAUCAAUCAGCAAUGUUGUAUGGGAAAUGCAAAAUCAUUUGGAAAAAAGCAAGGUUUUUGAUAUCGACCUACUUGUUGUGAAUAUUUCUAAAGACAAUAAAGUUUCUCAUCCGAGGUUGCGAGUCUCUCCUCAUCUUGAAGUUACAACUAUAACAUUAAAACCUAACCAGUGUUCGGAAAAAUUAGCUUUAUUAACGAGAAGACAUUACAAUCUACAAUCUACUAUAGUGACUGGCAUACCAAUGAAAGAAGAGCAACAUUCUGGUAUGUCAUCCAUUUAUUCUGUUGAAAUGAUUCAUUUAGCUGCUGCUCAUCAUAAUGUUGAUUACCCAGAUUUAAAAAGUGCUCCGUUACUACCCAAGAAAUCAUCUCGCUCAUCUGUCACAUUGAAGUGGUGUACUCCAAAGACAAAUAGUAGUCAUGAGUUACAAACAUGUGUUGGAACAUUUCUAGUUACACCAACUGAGGUGAAUUCUAGACCUGCUGCUUGUCUAACUAUGUUUCUAUUACAAGGGAGAACUGUUAUGUUGGAAGGUCAAAAAAAGUCAGGUGGAAAAGUCAUGACUCACAUGCUAUCCAGUCAUGGUGGUGAAUUAUUUAUUCAUGUGUUAGCUUAUGGUAGGAGCCCUUUAGAAGAUCCACCAUCAAUCACAGAAGGCAUAGGCGGGAGAGUUACUGAUUAUAGAAUUAAUGACUUUGGACGUAUGAUGAAAGAAACAAGAUUAGCACCUUAUGAAAGUAUUAAUGAUGAUCCAAAUCAAUUAGGAAUAAACUGCUUGGAGAGGUAUUCAAAACACUGGCCAAUGGUUAUCAGUGAUACUUUAAUUUUUAACAUGCAAGCGAACUUAAAUCCCUUGCUAACGCUGCUUUUAAAACCAGUAUUGCAAGAAAAGGAUGUUCAAGAAUGCACAAAAGUAAUUUAUAAACUUCAAGCAAUGGAAAGUAGAAAUGAUACUUUACCCUUACCUAUUGUAACACUUAAAGGCAAAGCUUCAAAAAAAGACGAGCAGUACAAGAGUUUAUGGUCUGAGUUAGAAACAUUUAUUCAAGGUGCUGCUUCUACUUCGCCAAUGCAUGAAAAGGUUUUAUUAUGUUUACGUGGAACACACGAAUUUACUGAUUCAAAAAAUAGUGAAGAUAAAAUUAAUUCAGAAGCAAAGUCGUGGAACGAAUCAGAUCGGUAUCAAAAUAUAAAUGUACGAGAAAAUAGUGACUUAAAACGGCUAAAAGGUGAGUUGAACGAAGGAUCUCGUAAAAGUGUUGGUGCUCCUAGUGAUCCAAGAAAAAGGAGAAGAACAAGUGAAAGCAGUUCAAAACCUGUAGAUACCACUCCUCAUGGAAAAGUGUUGCCUGAAUUUUCUACUCUAGAAGAACCACCGAGCAAGGUGAAAAAAACUGAUUGGGUGACAACCGAUCGAUUUACAAACAAUUCAACUGUUAUUCAGGAGCAAUCAUCAAUUUUAUCAAUUUGGAUGGAGCAUAAGAAGUCAGCUGCAUCACAGUUGCAUGAAGAAUUUAUAGGUCGCAAGGAGGCAUUGAAUGGCAGAUAUGAACUUUACCGAAAAGAAAUUGUCGAUGGAAGCGAACAAGGUUGAGCGAACAAGGUUAACCAAUUUGAAGUUUGUUAUUGGAGUUAGAACAUCAAAUCACUAACUCUCGAUUAUAUUUUAUUCAAACAAGUAUGUGUUGUCGAAAAUCGCCCUAUAAUAUCUUGAAGAACAAAUAAAUGCACGAGGAGGAAGUUCUUUCCUACAUAUUAGUUAACAGAGUGGAAGCCUUAAAAUGGUGUAUUUUCGACAUAUCUAUCUGUAAUAUAAAAUACAAUUGCUUUUUUAAUUUGCAGAGAUGAUGGAUAUGAUGGAUUUUUGUUUAAGGCCAUGUUUCAUUUUAGCAAAAUUAUUUUUUUACUGUAAACAUUUGGAAACAAUAAUAAAUCAAUUAAACCAAAUUAACACUAGUAAACUUUUUAUCAAAUUAUGAGUAUGAGAUAAGUAGAUAUGGAGUCUUUUUGGUUCUGGAUUUGGAUCUGUCCUGGUAAUGCCAAAUAUCACAUCUAAGCAGAGAUCUAAAAAAUUGUGCACAUUAAUGAGCAGCUUUAAGUUUAUUGAAAAGCACUCACUGGACCUGCCACAUGUUUAAAAAUAAAUUUUUAUGAGAAAUAGUGUUAAAAACCUA